UCACUUUAUUUCCUCUAGUACUAUGAUUACAUGGCUUCUGAUAGAUAUAGUUUACUUUGCCCAAAACUGAAACACUGUCAAUGGUGUCUUCAGUGAGGGUGAUUUCUCCUCCAGGCUGUCAUAUAUAUGGAUGUGUACAUGCAUGCAAUAUUGGGAACACUGAACACAUGUAUUUAUUUUGCAUUUGAGAAUUCUCAUGCAUUUCCUUUGGCUCUUCUCUCCCACAUUGUAACAGUACUCAUGGCAGGGCACAGUCAAAAUAGUGCAAGACAGGGAUAUCAAUUUGAACCAAGGUAUCGACCUGGCGAGCCAAGGAAGCAGCGCCGUUUGUGCAACAGUGGUCAGCAUCAACCGCCUUCGCCGGACCCUGAUUACAGCAGUCUGUCAAGUAUGACAUGGUGCCUAUGUGGGAAAUGCACAAUGAUGACCACGUCACUCGAAUGCCUAUGUUGUGUGUCUUCUCCACGAGCAAUUGAGAAAUGGGCAGAAGUAACUUCAACUUCAGGUCACAAUGCAUGCAUAACUGUGCACCCACAGUUUGACUCGGCAUGCCUUUAUACCCACAAUUUAAAAACUAUAUUCAGGCUUCUGUGUCGGCGUAGAGGGUGUUAUCAACUACCGCAGUGGACAAACAAGUUGUACCGGGUUGUGGCGUACCGUGCAUAUGUGUUGUGGGUGCAUAACAAUCGAAGGCUGGGAUUUGGAAAUCGAAUGGUGCUUCCCGCUUGUGUAGUGUCACGAAUUCGAGAACAGUUUCCAUGUGCAGAUGAUGAUUCGUACACAGGAUUUAGAGCUUUUGAGGGACUUUGGAUUUAUUCUGAACACUGACAUGUCUAUUGUUAGCUGUGCAUUUCCUGUUCACAGUUGAAAAAUGGUUUUACUUGUCAAAUACUGUAUACGCUACCUUAUUAUGAAGUUUGUACACUAAUAAAGUUAGUAUCAUUGACUUGGAUACUUAAUGUGUCAUGUGUACAUUUGUACAUCUGUCUACCAUUGCCUUAAAUUGAUGCUGCUCUGAGAGCAGAGUACGUACUUACAGCCGUUUUCACUGUUGUAUAUCAUGAUGGUGAUUGUAUUUUUUUAUAGCAAUAUUUCUGCAACUUUAAAUCACUGGCGAAUGUCCACCUGUGCAACUGACGUCCUUCACACCAUGCAGACAAAAGUGUAUGUCCUACUUUUAGUGGCUUUUAAUUAUGUACAGGUCCGAUCACACUGCCUAUGCAAGA